AUGGCAUCGCCUGCGUCUACGACCCACAGCGAGAGCCUGGCCUCCCGACGCCCCGAGAGCCAGCAGCAGCUCCAGGAGAGGGUCGACCGUCUCGAGAGGCUGGUUGAGGAGAUGAAGGGAAUCUCAGUGCGGAGUGAACCGCCGCCGCCGCCGCCGCUCAAGGGUACCGGCAGCGGCGGUUCUUUUCCCUCAGCGAGCCCGGCCACGAGCUACUACGGCGAGUUUAACAACGAGGAGGUGAUGGCGGGCGACCCCGGGAUGCAGGUGUACGACGACAACGUGUCCUACUACCUCGGACCGAACUACUGGCUCAACCUUCAAGACAUCGUCUUUGAGCCGCGUUCUCUCUUCCGCAUCGACUCGGACAAGACGGGCAAAAACCCCUCCAGCCCGUCGUCGUGGCCCAUCGGGAGGACACCCACGCUGGCGGAUCUCUCCCACCUCCACCUCGAGCCCGAAAAGGAGGACGUCUUGACUGACCUGUUCUUCGCACACGUCGAGCCCUUUGUCAGGAUAACCCACGACACCUACUGGCGGCAGCAGAUAACGGAUUUCCGGGUGGGCGUCCAGAAGAACCCCGUGGACGCGGAGGCCGCCAUGUUCGCGACGCAGGCUAUGACGGUGGCGGCCCUGCCGGGAAACGUCGUCCAAGAGAAGCUGGGGAAGCCCAAGGAGGAUCUGUUGCGACACUUGCAGGAGGCAUCCCAGCUGGCUCUCGAGCGGGCCGACAUACUGCGUAGCAGGAAACCCCUUGCAUUCUUUGCCCUGCUAUAUCAUAUUCAAAUGAAAUUCAUCACUGGAGAUGGAGAAGUAGCCGUGAUAUUGCUCGGGCUAGCUGGUCGAUUCGGCGCGAGACUCGGUCUACAUCGGGAUCCGAGCCACUACAGCUACUCGCCCUGGACGGCGAAUAUGAGACGUCGGAUAUGGUGCCACUUUGAGCUGAUGGACAACCCAAUCUACAACCUCGAGGGCGCCGAGUCCGGCCUGCCGUUCAUCUCGGACGUCCAGCCGCCCAAAAACGCCAACGACAGCCAGUGGAUGCCGACGAGGUUCGCGAAGCCCGGUUCCGCGCCGCACGACCAGGACGGCAUCACGGACAUGUCGUUCGCCCUCGUGCGGCAGCACGUCGUCCGGACGAUGCAGUCCGUGGUCCGGAGUAGGAACGACGCGGGUCCCGACGAGCUGAGCCGGAUUGUCGACCAGACGGAGAAUUUCAUCAACGCCAAGUUUAUCUCGCACGCAGACGGUUCCUCCCCCAGCCACGCCCUCGUCAUCUCGUACUUUCGGGGGAGUAUGAGGACGAUAAGGCUCCUCAUCGAGUGUGUUACAACAGCCCGGAACGGCGGCGGUCAAGAACUCGAGUUAAGGGCAAGAUUCUAUCAGGAGUGUGUCGAGAUCCUCGAGGAGAUGGAGCACGGCGAGGCGGUGGCCAUACAAAACGACUGGGGCUGGCUCUACCGGUGGCCGACGACGCCCUGCCUCAUCUCCAACGUGCUCAUCGGCCUCGCCCGGCAGCCAAAGCACCCGAUAACGGACCGAGCGUGGCGGCAGAUGAACAUUGUGUUCCGGCGGCACAACAACGAGGACAUCAGCAUGCGCAAGUUCGCGGCGUGGCGGGUUGUCGAGGCCCUGUGCGACCAGGCCAUGCUGUACCACAAGCAGAGGUCUCACGAGGGCGCGUGGUACGCCCAGAGGCUGGGCCAGGCACAGGGUUUGGCGGCGGCGUCCGCGCAGGGGAACAGCGGUCCGGUCUCGCUGGAGAACGCGACCGUCGACGACAUCCUGGGCGACGUCCAGAUGUUCGGGCAGGACGCCGCCGCCCAGCACGGGGGGAUGGGAGGUGCCGGGUUCUUCGCCAUGGGGUAUUCUCACUGGAAUCAGCCUGCCCAUUCUCAUCCUCACGGCCAGGGUCAACAGCAUCCACAUCCGGACCAAGCAUCUGAUGAUGGCGAAGACAUCUGA